AUGGUAGGCAUCUACACAUAUAGAAGUAAGGUCUUAUGGUAUAGGCAGACUUCCCUGGUGAUUAUUGCAAUUUGCUUUUCUUAUGUUGUUGCUUUCUUGCCUUCUUGCUUAUUGUGCUUUCGGAAUGCGAAAAUAAUGGAACUGAACUACUCAUGUAGCCUUUUUUUAUGUAUAUACUGUAUCACAUACAAGGGUAAACAAACAAAAGGAAAAACAAGUGAUGAUCUGAAUGGAAMAAAAAAAAAAUCAGCAAUGAGGGAGGAAACAAUAAGAGCGUUAGAAGAGCCUCACAAAUACCAUUAUAAAGCAGAAUGGUUGGAGAGUAAAGAUCUCGAUGAACGACAGUUAUUUGAAAUAUUUGCUUUUGGAAACAUUAAGGAUGUUCCGGAAGAUACAACCUUAACAUCUUCGAUGCGAUCGAAACUUGAAAAGUUGACUUUGAUAACAUUGAGUGAAACAUAUAAUGAGUUGACGUAUGAGAACAUAAGGAAGCAAUGUCAAAUUGAAGAUAACAGUAUCAUUGAAAACCACUUAAUCCAGUUACAAGAUAUUUUCAAAGUAGAAAUAGACUCUGUUAAUUUAUCUAUAAUUUUUUUGAAAAGACUGGAUUGCAGAGAUGUAUAUUGUAAUGAACGAGAAUUGGUUGUGAUUGAGAACCCGCGAGUGACGAAAGAGUGUUUAGUAAACAAUCUACGAAAGUGGAAGAUAAAGCUCAAACAAGAUAUACUGGAUCAGUCGAAGUAA